ACAUGGGUUUCCCAGUGGUGGAGUGCUCUGCUGAUGGAUCCUUCAUUCUGUCCAAGCCGCCCAAAACAGGCGGAUUGGUGUCGUUCGGAACGGUUGCCGAGCAACUAGUGUACGAGAUCGGUGACCCGCAGAAAUACCUGCUUCCUGACGUCACCUGUGAUUUCUCUAACGUCAACAUCACUGAAGUAGCAGGAGUGGAGGGAGGGAUGGUCAAAGUGACCGGAGCCAGAGGUUUUGCUCCGUCCAAUGACUACAAGGUGUGUGCCACCUACAUGGAUGGGUACAGGGCGACAGCAGUGUGUCCUGUAGGGGGCCCCAGAGCUACCGAGAAGGCCAGACGCACCGCAGAGAGCAUCAUCAAACGGACACGUCGGAUGUUCAAGCAGCUGGGUCUGGAGGACUUCACCUCAGUCAACAUCCAGGUGUUGGGGGCAGAAGAUACCUACGGACCACACAGCAAUAACACGACCCCUAGAGAGGUGGUAGUCUGGAUGGCUGUGCGUCAUAAACAGAAGAAAGCUCUGGAGUUCUUCGCCAGGGAGAUAGCACCUGCAGGAACGGGCAUGGCUCCUGGACUCAUGGGCAUAGUUGGAGGACGACCAAGAGUCUCACCGGUUCUCAAACCUUUCUUCUUCAUGCACUCAAAGUCUCAGCUGAAGGUGGACGUGCACAUUGGUGGAGAGCACGCCGAGACGUACACUGAGGCGGAGUCAGACUCUGAGGCUCCGCCCCCAGCGGAGGAGAAAGCUGUACCUGUCGCAGGUACGCCAUCACCUG